CUUCAUCUGUUUCAGGUAAAUGUUGGAUCACCAGCAGAACGAGCAGGACUAAUUGCUGGCGAUUCCGUUAUUAGAGUAAACAAUACAGAUGUAUUUAACCUUCGACACAAAGAUGCCCAGGAUGUUAUAGUUAGAGCAGGCCCAUCGUUUGAUGUCACAGUACAAAGAGGUGGUUCUACUUGGAAGCCAGCAGUCAUUCCAACAGGUUCCUUAUCAUCUCCAAAGCCACACGUACCUCCAAGCAAUGUCGCGCCCGUAACUAAAACAUCUUUAGCAGCACCAAAGUCAGACAAUUGGGGUUCUGUUGGUACUGGACACAACGUUUCAGCUAAACCAUUUGGUGGUGGUGCUGUAAAUGGACUUGGACCAAAGUUAGUUAAUAAGCAGUACAAUUCACCAGUAAACUUAUAUUCAGAAGAUACGAUUGCAGAAACGCUCUCUGCCCAAGCGGAAGUUCUAGCUAAUGGGGUUUUAGGGGUCAACUUUAAGAAAAAUGAAAAAACAUACGAUGCAUCGAAGAGCAAUGUUCUCAGAUACGUCAAAGAAGAUGAAUUGGAUCCUAAAUCACCAGAACCAGUAACACGGUCUGAUUUUUACGCUACGCAUAGUCAUGCAGUUGGCGGCUAUUCCACGCCUGUUAGCGAACAUUCUGUACCGGUUAAUCGAACUGGGGGAGGUCCAACUCAUUUCGACAACCCCCCAAAUUCUGAUAAUCCUGCCGAGCAGCAGGUUACCAAAUGCUCAGACUGCGAAAGGGUUAUAGUUGGAGUGUUUGUACGAAUUAAGGAGAAGAAUUUACACGUGGAGUGUUUCAAAUGUUCAACAUGUGGUACAUCAUUAAAAAAUGUUGGGUACUACAACAUAAACAACAAACUUUAUUGCGACAUUCACGCCAAGUUAGCUGCUCGAAGCAAUCCUCCAGCUUCAAAUCUUGCUCCUGUGACUAUACCACCUAUUGGCAGACCAGGUGGUGGAGUCUCUUCGCUCUCUCCAAAUUCUUUACCUUCAUCGGCGCCUCUAUCACCAAAUAUAAAUAGUUACGCUCCUCCACCAUUUCAGACGCAUGACCCAUAUUCUGGAUAUGUCUGUGUUCGGAGCAAUGCUCCAGGUCUAAUUAAAACCAGUCUGAAUUCUGCAGCUUCUCGAAAAAGAACUGUGACUAACGAUGUCUCUAAUCCCGUCAAAACUAAUCCAUUUUCCCCUACAACUACAACUUACAUACCAAACUACGCAAAAACAAACAUUAGGUCCGGACCCAACAUAUCAGGACCGAGACCAUUCUCCAGUGGUCCUCUUUCGCCCUCCGGAAAUAGCUACUCCACCCUUCCCAAAGUUACUUCCACACCUCUUUCAUCAGGGAGAAUUACAUCCAAUAAAUUUGGCGGUGGUCUAUUUAAAGGUUCCGGUAGUGGUCGUCAAGUUGGUGCUAUAGGCUUUAGUCCCAAACGGGGCCGAGGGGUCCUCAAUUUAGGUGGUGGCUCAAGAGUUCCUUUAUGUGGCCAUUGUCAUAGAAACAUCAGAGGACCGUUUGUAACUGCUUUAGGAAAGAUUUGGUGCCCUGAGCACUUUUCUUGUGCAACUCCUUCUUGUAAACGCCCUCUCCAAGAUCUUGGCUUUGUAGAAGAACAAGGCCAAUUGUAUUGUGAAUAUUGCUUCGAAAGGUACCUGGCGCCGAAUUGCUCCAAAUGCGGUGCCAAAGUAAAAGCGGAAUGCUUGAAAGCUAUUGGAAAACAUUUCCAUCCAGAAUGUUUCAAUUGCGUCCAUUGUGGAAAACUGUUUGGAAACAAUCCGUUCUUUUUGGAAGACGGUCAACCUUACUGUGACAACGAUUGGAACGAGCUAUUUACAACUAAAUGCUUUGCUUGCGGUUUCCCAAUUGAAGCUGGUGACAGAUGGGUUGAAGCACUCAGUAAUAACUAUCAUAGUCAGUGCUUCAACUGCACGAUGUGCAAGAAAAAUUUGGAAGGCCAAAGCUUCUUUGCCAAAGGUGGACGACCAUUCUGCAAGAAUCACGCCCGUUAGAAUUGACGAAGGGUAACUAUUUUGCGUUGUCUAAAUUGAGUAAUACAAUAUUUAUUAUUUAAAUAUAAAUUUAAUACAGUAGUUAAAAGGGUUGUGAUUUAAAUAUUGCUACAUAAAAUAUGUUGCGAAGCUCGGUGAAGUUUAUUUGAAUUUGUCGAUUGUAUACCUACAUAACUUACUAUUGCAAAUUUAGGUACUUAUUAAAGAAGUAAGUUUAUAAGCACAACCUUAACCUUGUGAAGUUACUAUUUAACGUAUUAUUUAUUGCACUUUUACGUAAUAAUUACCUAGCCGAUACUGAUAAAUAAUGAUAAACCAAA